GCCGUUCCGCCGGCCCUGACGGGUAAAGCGGGAGGCGCCACCGGCCGCCGCCGCCGCAGCCCGCAGGGGCGGCUGACCGCCGCCGAUCCUCGUGCGACGCUGCAUCCCCGGGUUGCAUCGCCAACCGCAAGCGGCUGCCCGCCGGUACCCCUCGCCAGGGUCCGGGCUUGACGUUCCCGCGGACGGCAAGCUCCCACGGCCUCGCUGCAAGCUCCUGCGCGCGUCCGUCCCCACGAGGAUGCUAGCAAUAAGAGUUCUAUCCAGGAAUGUCGCUGCAAGGACCGAUAAGAUUGCGGCGCUGAAGCUGAGCAGGAGGCUAUCGGGAUUUAUUGCUGGUGCGAAUUCUGGAUAUGGUAGGCCAUGCGAUGUUGAUAAGUUCGCUGUGUUGUUCCAAAACUGCGCAGAUGUGAGGUCUCUCAAGAAGCUCCAUGCUCGCGUUCUGACACUUGGACUUGGCAGGGAUGUUAUUCUUGGUCCUGAAAUUCUGAUUUGUUACGCCAGUCUAGGUGUCCUGUCCAAGACAGGGCUGUGUUUCGAAGGCUUUCUGAAUGAUGAUCUUGCCCAGUGGAAUUCGGCCAUGGUUGACAUUUUUAGAGCUGGUUAUCCAGAGGAGGCUAUUCUUUUGUACAGGGGAUUGAAGUUGCGCCAGAUUGGCUUGGAUGAGAAAACUGUUACUUUUGGCUUGAAAAGCUGCACUGAGCUCCGAAAUUUGUUACUGGGCAAAGGAAUGCAUGCCGACUCACUGAAGCUUGGCCUCAGUAGGGAUAAUUUUGUUGGUUCUUCUCUUGUCAGGUUAUACUCUAAGCUUGCCAGGAUGGAUGAUUCGGAGAAGGCAUUUGAAGAGAUUCUGGACAAGGAUACUGUUUCUUACACCUCGAUGAUCACUGGUUAUUCUGAAAAUAUGGAUUCUACUUCAUGGAAUGCAUUUGAAAUUGCCAGUGACAUGCUGUGGAGAAACUUGGAAGUAAGCCGUGUGACUCUGGUUAGCUUGCUGCAAGUUGCUGGUAAUUUGGGAGCAAUUAGAGAAGGCAAAUCGGUACAUUGCUAUUCCAUAAGGAGAGGAAUUGGUGUCUCAGAUGAAGUUCUAGAGACCAGCCUUGUUCACAUGUACAGUCGAUGUGGAGCUUACCAAUUAGCAUCUGCUGUAUUGAAGAAUUCGAUGCAAUCUGUGGCUUCCUGGAAUGCAUUGCUUGCUGGUCUUGCUCGAACUGGACAGAGUGGAAGUGCAAUCCACCAUUUCUCUGUCACGCUACAUGAGCAUAAGGUAAUUCCAGAUUCUGUAACCUAUGCAAAUGUAAUUUCUGCUUGUGCUGAGCUACGCAAUUCUGGCUGUGCUGCUAGUGUUCAUGCCUACCUAAUUAGAAGAUCUAUCCCUCUAGAUGUAGUUUUGGCCACAGCUCUUAUCAAGGUGUACUUCAAAUGCACUAGAAUUAUGAGAUCCAGGCGUCUCUUUGAUCAAAUGAUGGCUAAAGAUGUCGUCUCCUAUAAUGCUAUGAUCUACGGUUAUCUCCAAAGUGGCAUGGCCAAUGAAGCCAUUUCAUUACUCAAAGAGAUGAUGGCCGAGUGUGUUGCACCAAAUUCUGUGACUGUUCGUUGUCUGCUUGUAGCUAUUGCUGAUGAUAAAAAUUUCGUUAGAGGGAGGUGGAUUCACGGAUUUGCAAUUAGGCAUGGCUUUUGUUCAGAUGUUGACAUUGCAAAUCAACUUAUACGUAUGUAUUCCAGUUGUGGAAAGAUUGCAGCAGCAAGGAUUGUAUUUGCUUCAUUGGAAAAGAAAAAUUUGGUUUCAUGGACAGCCAUGAUGAUGGGAUGCUUAUCCUGUGGACAUGGAGGAGAAACAGUUCAGUUAUGUCAAUUAAUGCAGCAAUAUGGCGAGAAGCCUGAUUCUGUCACUGUUAUGACUGCAGCUCAGGCUGCGUCUGAGCUUGGACAUUUGAAAGGUGUAAAACAAAUUCAUUGUUUUGUUUACCGUGCCUUAUUGGAGAAAGAUACAAAGACCAUAAAUUCUUUAAUAACUGCAUAUGGCAAAUGUGGAAGGUUGGAUUUAUCUGUAGAUUUGUUCUUAAGUUUGGAACACAGAAACCUAGAUUCAUGGAAUUCUAUGAUCAGUGCUUAUGGGAUGCAUGGAUUUUAUCUUAAGGUGCUUGAAAUGUUCAAGCUAAUGGAGGAAGGAAACAUUAAUCCUGAUGGAUUAACAUUUUCUUCAGUGCUUUCUGCAUGCAGUCAUGCUGGUCUAGUUAAGGAGGGUUUGCGUAUUUUUCAGUCGAUGACCUCAAUGUAUUCAGUUCUUCCACAGGAAGAGCAUUACGGUUGCAUUGUUGACUUAUUGAGUCGAGCAGGGCAUCUCGAAGAAGGAUACAAGCUCAUUAAGUUAUCUACCUUAAAUGACAGAUCUAGUGUACUUUGUGCUUUGCUCUCUGCAUGCAGAAAUCAUGGAAAUACAAUGCUUGGGCAGAUUAUUAGCAAUGAGCUCCUUGAGCUCGAACAACAGAAUCCAGGUACUUAUGCUUUGAUUUCGGAAGUAUUUGCUCAGAAAGGACAGUGGAAUAAAUCAGCUAAUAUAAGGAAUAGAGCAAAAGAAAGUGGGCUGAGAAAACUUCCUGGUUCUAGUUUGAUUGAAUCAGUGGAGCAAGCUAACAAUCUGCGUUAAAGAAGUGCAUGAAUGUCACAUACAAAUGGUGCCUUUACCAUGCACUUGAAGAACCAUUAAAUCUCGAUAUGGAGCAAAAUUAUGUUAUGUGCUCAAAGCUUGAACCAUUUUAGUAGAAAAAUGUAAGGUUUGCAGUUCCUUCACUGAGUACGCACACAGGUGCUCUAUCUACUUCUUACGAGGAAAAAGGAGACGAACCAUCUUGCUUGGACAUACUUAUUGCUUCAUUCCUUCAAGAAUCAAGCUGGAUAUUUGAAUUUCGAAAAGCACAAGUAGCAGACAAUGGAGCAGUGGGCACACAUUUCUUAAACUGUCAUAGAAAAGGGAAGGAGUACUAGCUUGGAUGUAUCAUCCAUGAGCAAGGUUACAUAAAUGUCCUACUGGAUCACACAAAAACUAUGUGCUUUGCAAUGGAGGGUGUGACGAACCAGGUGUGCCUUUUUUUGGCUUUCUGAAGAGGUUGGUACCCAGUACAUUUACAAGGAGGAGCUUCUAGGUAAUAAUCAGAGCUACUACAGGAAGUGUUGGUUUGGACUUUGGAGGAACUAGAAGCACUGAAUGGAGUAUGACAUGAAAAACUCAUAGUAGAGGACAGAGGUUGCUGCAACCAUAUGAUCUCUAAAUGAACCAAGUCUUAUAAGGACGCAUGCCAGGCAAAUAUGUUCUCUAAAUGAGUAUCGUGAUCAGUGAGGCAGAUGCAAGGCUGGCAGCAUACAGAGGUUGGAUCUCCAGCGCACAGUUAUCCCGAACACUUCUCCCAUGUCUAGCGCCUUUGGGUCUGCACCAUCAGGAAGCGCCCAAUCAAAGUGGUACAGGAGAUUCGCCAGUGUGAGCUCAAUUGUCAUGGUUGCAAAUAAAGCUCCUGGACAUUGCCUACGUCCAGCUCCAAACGGAACUGACUCGAAGUGUGCCCAGUUGUAGUCCAGUGUGCUGUUCUCAAACCUUUCUGGCUCGAACACCUCAGCGUUGUCCCAGUAGCUUGGGUUGCUUGCCACCGCGAAUGUAUUUACAAAGACCGAGGUACCCUUGGGAAUCUCGUAACCCAUUAUUUUGCAGUUUUCUUGGCUUGCACGAAGAAUCAACGGGACAGCAGGAUGUAACCUUAGGGUCUCCUUGAUGACCAUUCGUAGGUAGCGGAGGUCGCCAAGGUCUGCUGGUAAUCAUAGCUGUUCCCUGGCCUAGCUUUUGUCGAAUUUCGCUCGUUGCCCUCGACAUUGCCCUUGGAUUCCUGAUGAGCUCCGCCAUGGCCCAUUCUAGUGUAGUGGCUGUGGUAUCUGUUGCAGCU